CUCACCCACCAUUUACUUUACUAGCUAGAGAGCUGUCUUCUCUAUCUUCUCCUGCAGCUCGCUUCCGGUAGCUAUAGCACUGACAUCCAUGGCAUCUUCAAAUAAUGAUCAUGAUCAGGUUAAAUCUGCAGGACUCUUCGAGAGGUUAUGGGGGAAGAUAGUUAAGUUUGGCUUGAUGUUAAAAAAACUAGGGCAAGAUGAUCCAAGAAGAAUUGUUCAUUCUCUUAAAGUGGCACUUGCUGUUACAUUAGUCUCCAUGUUAUUCUACUUUGAACCACUAUAUGACGGUUUUGGUCUUGCUGCUAUGUGGGCUAUUCUGACUGUUGUCAUUGUUUUUGAAUUUACUGUUGGAGCGACGAUAGGACGAGGUUUGAAUAGAAUGAUGGCAACUUUAGUAGCUGCUGCUCUUGGCAUUGGAGCUCAUCGAUUAGCAACUCUUUCUGGAAAGCAAGGAGAGCCUAUACUUAUUGCUCUCUUUGUCUUCGUAGAAGCUGGAAUAGUGACAUUCUUCAGAUUUAUUCCCCAAAUGAAGGCCAGAUACGAUUUUGGUCUGCUGGUAUUCAACUUGACAUUCUGCCUGAUAUCGGUCUCUGGCUAUCGCGACGAUGAGGUUAUACGAAUGGGAUUCGAGAGAACAAAUACCAUCAUCAUUGGAAGCUGUACUGCUGUUGCUGUUUGUGUUUUCAUUCGUCCCGUAUGGAUUGGCGUGGAACUUCACAAUCAGAUUGCUACCAACAUGGAAAAGCUUGCCAACUUCUUAGAAGGAUUUGGAGAUGAAUACUUUUCAGUAUCUGAGAAUAGCCAGAAUAGAGACAAGUCAUCUUCUCUUCAGGGAUACAAAAGUGUUCUAACUUCAAAAAGCAGUGAAGACACCAUGGCUAAUUUGGCAAGAUGGGAACCGGGCCAUGGGAGGUUCAGGUUUCGUCAUCCAUGGAAACAAUACUUGAAAGUUGGAACCCUAACUCGACAAUGUGCGUUCAAAAUUGAAGCUCUCAACAACUACCUUACCUCUGAAACCCAAACACCUCAGGACGUUAAAAGCAUAAUACAAGGGCCAAGCGUGGUUAUCAGCUCAGAGUGUGGGAAAGCAUUGAAGGAGUUAGCAACCUCAAUGAGGAAAAUGACCAAAUCACCCUCAAAGGAUCCCCACAUUGCAAAGUCUAAAGAUGCCGCUGAAGAACUCAAAACUGUUAUAAGAUCAAGCUUGUGUAAACACCAAGAUGAUUCCCUAGAUAUAAUAAAAGAUGGUGCAGUGGCAUUACUACUCUUUGAAAUUAUCACAUGUACAGAGAAAAUUUCUGAGGCUGCGCAUAAACUAGCAUCCCAAGCACAUUUUAAGGAUGUAAAACCUAGAGUGACACCGGUCCAGGAAAACUCGGGGAAUGAUGGGCCGCACCAUGUUAUUACGAUUGAGGGAUAAUCGCGCAGUUACCCGAAACUGCUAACUCGUCAUUCACUCCGUCAAUGAGAAGUUCAAGAAUGGAAGGGUAGAUUGGGGAUGCUUGAGCAGUUCUUUGUCAAUAAAUAAAUUGCUGGAAGAGCUUAUUUAGCUUUUUUAGAAUUUUCUUUUUCUCUCCCGUAGAUGCAUUUAGUGUCUUUUCCACUGGAAGC